GUGCGAGAAAACAUCCAUCUGUUCGGUGGAGAUAAGGAUAAGAUAACGAUAUUCGGUGAGAGCGCCGGUAGUGACUCAGUGUCAGCUCUGGUAUUAUCUCCACUGGCGAAAGGGCUGUUCGCUAGGGCUAUACUACAGUCUGGCGCUGAGCUCCACAACCGGAAGGAAACUCAUACUAAAGCCCAGGCAUUAGCGGAGGCCAAGGAAAUGGGCAAACAUUUCAAGUGUACGGACGAUAAGACGUGGUUAGAGUGCCUGCGAAAGGUCGACGCGAAUGAGAUCCACGCAUACACUCAGCUAAAUGUAGGUCCCCUCGUGGGCACCGCCUAUUUGCCACUCACGGCACAGGAGGCGUUCAAAGAUGGAAAAUAUAAUACAGAUGUGGAUCUGAUCGCUGGUGUAGUCCAUAAUGAGGGUUCACUUCUGGCGCCACAAAUCAAAGGCAAUAUCACUGAAGAGGUAUUCAUUAAUGCCAUCAAAGGACGCAUCGGUGACAUGGAUUUGGGUCAAGUGUUGGCCUAUUAUCUCAAAGAUGUCAAAAAGGAUGACUACGCGGCCUAU